CUAUAGUACACUGUGGGUUAAAAAAUUAUUAUCGAAACAAGCCUUUGAAGAUCUACAUAAUAUUGCAGCUCGUUGUCGAUGUUGCAUACGUGUCGUAUUGCAGAGAGCCAUAGUUUUGAAGGCUUGUCCGUAUUGAUUUUUGACGAAUUCAGGUCACUAAAUUCAAAAUUACUGGCUAUUUUCGAGGGAUCGGGCACCUGGAAAAUUCAACAUGGAUUUGAGCAUGUUCAUAAACCCACCUUUUGAUGAAAUGGACGCGGAGGCAAAAUCAAAAUAUAUUGGAGACGAAAUAAUGAACUUUUUUAGACCGUCAAGAGAUAACGGCCCCGAAGGAGCUCUUGUUGUUAUUGUUUUGACAAUUCUAGCAAAUAUUUUUUUGUUUGUUGCUAUUUUAGCAACAGGAAAUUUUAAAAAAUCUUCAAGUUUACUGGAAUUAGCAAGAGGAUUAUCCGAAGUUUUACUGUUGGUAUCCAUUGCAGUGCAAAGUACGAGGAAUAUGUACAACACCACGGAGACUCCGAAGGCAGUAUCUGGGUUUGUUGCCUUCUGGUUGUUCUCUAUGGGCUCAGUUUGCUUCGGACUGAUGAAAGCGUUUACAGGAUUUUUGAGGUUUACCGGGAAAUCAUCAUUCUCAAAUCUUGUUUGGCUGAUCAUUUUAGCCGUUUUCGCCAUCUCUACUUUCCUAGCAUUUAUUGUUCUAUGUGUGAUGUACGUGGCUAAUGUUCUGGCUUUUGUUGUUUUGGCAUGCAUAUUUUACUAUCUACCGUUCAUUGGAAUGUGGGUACUGGACGGAUUGAGACUACUUCAUCUUAGAAAUCAUUCCAUCAAAAACGUGAUGGAAAUGGAGACGUUAACAAGAGAUAAACCCGGGACAUCCGAGUUAAGUCGGCCGGAACAUUCGGAAGGAGAAGCGCAGUUUUUGAAGCCGAUGACAAACUUUGAAAUGUUCAUUGUUAUAUUGUAUGGAAUUUGUCAUACAGUAGCGUUUGCCAUGGUUACUAUGAUUAUCACACGAAUUGCCUGGGUGUUCUUUCGACCUGUUUCUACAGAAAUUCGUUUAGAGUCUGUGCCUGGCAUCCUCUGAAUAAGAAAAAGUUUGUUGACUACAGGGUAUAUACCGAUAUCGAUGUUUACUGUUUAUGUACCUUUAAUUAUGUGCAUAUGAAUAAACAAUAUUUCCAUUUC